AUGGCCACUCCUCAGAUCGACCCGCUUGUUGUGGCAACGCGAUGGAUUGAAAGUCUCAGCGAGGCUGCAGCCAAGGCAGACGUGACGUCCUUCGUGGAUCACUUUCUUCCUACGGGUUGGAUGAGAGAUCUCUUGUGCUUUUCAUGGGAUUUCAGAUCGCUUGCUGGGCACGAGAAGCUCGCAGCAUAUCUCUCUGAGCGUGUCGGAGAUCAGGAUCAGACAAGGCUUGCUCGCGCAGGGCUGCAUAACAUCCGUGUCCAGACUACGUCCACCCUGGGCCCUCCCACGUUCUUCCCCAUACCGUCGAACCCCGACGCUCGAGGAAUUCAAGGCACCUUUGAGUUCUCUCUCACAUCACCCGCGGCCGUAGGAAGAGGCUUCCUCCGCCUCGUUCCGGAUCCGAAUGGGCAGUGGAAGGCGUUUGCCAUAUUCAUGAACCUUGAAGACCUCAAGGGCCACGAGGAACCGCGCGGUCGACCUCUUGGGUUGUAUCCGAACCACGCGACCUGGGAGGAGGUCUACGCGCAGAAGGUAGUUGAAGUUGAGCAAGAUCCUACUGUAGUAAUAGUCGGUGGCGGUCAGACCGGCCUGAUGUGUGCAGCACGGCUUGGUAGACUGGGCAUUCGUGCACUGGUAGUGGAGAAGUCUGGGCGUGUCGGCGACGUAUGGAGAAAACGCUAUCCCAAUUUGACAUUGCACACCAGUGCGCAUCACUGCUCUGUUCUAUAUCAACCAUGGCCAAAGACAUUUCCGAAAUACGUUCCGAAGGAAAAGGUCGCCGACUUCAUUGAGGCCUAUGCAAUCGGCCAGGAGGUCGUGAUAUGGACGUUGAGCACCGUGCUACCAAUCCCUACGUAUGAUGCUGCCACCGGACGAUGGAGCAUCACUAUUGAUCGGCAGGGAGAGAAAGUGUCGCUGAAGCCGAAACACGUCAUCAUGGCUACUGGCACGGGGAAGCCGUACACUCCUGCGUUCAAAGACGUGGACAAAUUUAAGGGAGUGCUCUACCACUCAGAUCAACAUCGUGGCGCGGCACCUUACCGCGGAAAGCGUGUCGUCGUCGUUGGUUCUUGCAACGCCGGGCAUGAUCUUUGCAUUGAUUUCUUCGCUAAAGGCGCUGAGAGCGUCACGAUGGUGCAGCGCAGUCCGACGUGCGUUAUGGCAGCCAGUACCGCGGAUAGAAUCAUCUUUGAUGUCAUUUUCAAUGAGAAAUUCGCGAUAGAGGACGCUGAUUUUAGCAACCAUUCGAUGCCUCACGCCCUCGCGUUGAAGUUGGCCGCAGCCGGCGGGACUCAAAGGGUGAAAGCGCUGGACAAGGGGAUGCUCGAUGGACUAGCCAAGGCCGGCUUCAAGCUGACGUGGGAACUGACUCCUGGCGGCGGCGAGGUCGGCCUGCAAGGCUUUUUCUUCGAGCGGACUGCGUCCGGAACCAUGCUGGACCAGGGUUGCGCUCAGUUGAUCAUCGACGGCAAAGUGAAGGUCAAGAAUGGAGAAAUCGCUCGCUUCGAGGAGGAUGGCGUGGUCUUCAACGACGGAACGAAGACUCUAGCUGACGUAGUGGUUCUUGGGACGGGUUAUCUCCCUGUAAUCAACAACAUCGUUGAGAUAUUCGGGCCAUCGAUCACCGACAAGAUCGGUUCCAAGAUUUGGGGAUUGGAUGAGGAGGGCGAGCUGAAUCGGUGCUUCAGGCCAUCCGGACAGCAAGGGCUGUGGGUUGCGAUGGGUUCCUUCCAACACGGUCGAUUCUUCAGUAAACAUCUGGCUCUGCAAAUCCUGGCGGAAGAGUUGCAACUGAAAUAA